UCUCUUUCCUGAAUGAACACUUGAAAUCUCCAUGAACUCUUGGUGAACAUCAAGGACGUUCCUUUCUUCAGUGAAUCAAUAUGAAUGUGUUUCUCGACACCUCCAUAUUUUUGGGGAAAUUUCUAUAUUAUUUUUUAGAAUCUUUAUUUUACAAGAUAGUUUCCAAGAAGAAAAAGGACGUUACUGGAGAGAUUGUCCUUAUAACAGGAGCUGCAAGUGGACUUGGGAGGUUAUUGGCUAUCAAAUUUGCCAGGCUUGGAGCCAUUUUAGUUCUAUGGGACAUUAACGAAGAAGGCAACAUGGAAACGUGUAGAAUGAUCAAAGAAAGGCAGGAUGCAAACGUAUUUGCCUAUACGUGUGACUGUAGUAAUAGACAAGAUGUCUACAGAGCUGCUGACCAGGUUAAGAAGGAAGUGGGCAACGUGACUAUCCUCAUUAACAAUGCAGGGGUCGUGACGGGAAGAAAGUUCCUCAAAACUCCAGACCACAUGGUGGAAAGAUCAUUUCUUAUCAACGCCAUGUCUCACUUCUGGACUUGUAAGGCCUUCCUUCCUGCCAUGCUUGAAGCUAACCAUGGUCACUUAGUCUGCAUUUCAAGUGUAGCAGGAAUGACCGGGAUCAACGGUCUGUCGGAUUACUGUGCCAGCAAGUUUGCAGCUUAUGGCUUUGCGGAGUCUCUCCACUUUGAAUUAACACUAUUACAAAAAACUAAUAUUAAAACCACCAUUGUUUGCCCAUAUUUUAUCCAAACUGGAAUGUUUGAGGGCUGUUCAACCAAGUAUCCACUUUUGUUGCCCUUCCUGAAACAGGAGUAUGCUGCCCAAAGUAUUUUAAAUGCUAUUUUAGAGGAGCAGUUGUACUUGAUAAUACCCAAAUCCUUGAAUAUUGCAUUGUUCCUGAAACAAGUAAUAUCUCCAAACAUGUUGAUGACCUUGGCUGAGUACCUUGGAAUGGACAUUGCCCUGGCUUCAUUCAUAGAGCGAGAGAAACCAGGGGAAGUUCAGACCCAAACCGAGAGGGAACAACAGUAGCCAAAGUUCCAGAUGUGGUAAAAGUGUCAUGAGGAGCUGGAAGUCUUGUUCAUGUUCAGAGCACUCCAGACUUCCAGCAAUGACCGAGGCUUCCAGAAGUGCUCACCGGGACAUAGCUGACACUCUCACAAUCUCCCUAGGCAUUCACAUUACAUACUCAACAGUUUCCUGUCAUUUUUAGUUUGAUUAAAAAAAAAAAAAACACUGCAGCCAUUCCAAUGUCAGAGAACUCAGAGAAUACAGUGUAUUAAUAAAAAUAUAUUGAUGCAAAUUAGCCUUAAUUUAAUUUUUAAAUAGAGUAGAUGAUACUUUUAGAAAAAGAGUAACUAUAAAUAGACUUUAAAAAUUGCAGUUUUAGGCUGAUAAUUUUUCAACAUUAUAUGUAAAGAAAAUUUUUAGUACAGCAGUUAAGAAAAAUAACACUUUUCUGUGUGCCUAUUAAUUCCUACUGGAGCUGGCUGACCAUAUCAAGAUCCUUAGUGGGGCACUGAAUCUGUUUAUUCAAUAAAAUAAGUCCACAACUAA